AUGCCUGCCCGAACGCAAGAAUUGCCCAUUCGAGCUGACAACUCGUCUGCUGCGGCAUCUCCCAUUGCGGGGACAUCAAAAUGUCUUCCUUCUCAUAUGCCAGGAGAGACGUUUUGGCAGACAUCACGACACCAUCUGCACGAUCACCGGUCAAGUGAAGAGCUCCCAAGCCAUAGUGACAUUGUCAUUAUUGGCGCAGGAUAUGCAGGUGUCGCCACUGCGUACCAUUUGGUCAAAGACCAUCCCAGCUUGAACAAAUCAAUCACUAUAUUGGAAGCCCGUGGAGCUUGCUCGGGGGCUACUGGACGGAACGGAGGACAUGCCAGACCUGACUUUUACGGUCAUAUUCCCACGUAUAUGGAUCGUGCAGGUGCAGAGGCUGGGGCUGAGAUUGCCGAAUUUGAGAUCCGGAAUCUUCGGGCCCUGAAGAAAACAAUCGAGCAAGAGAAGAUCGACUGUGACUUCACUUUGACUCGUUCAAUUGAUGUCUGGUGCAAUGCGGACUCUGCAUCAAAGGCCAAGGCCGUGUAUGACAGAAUGACCGCCGAAGGGCUGGAGUACAUGGAAGAUGUUGCAUUCUACACAGGGAACGAGGUAGAGGGUAUCUGCGGUGUCAAAGACGCCAAGGCCUGUGCCAGCUUCACGGCCGGCACAAUGUGGCCCUACAAGUUCAUUAUGCGUCUUGUAGAGUUGAUCGUUGACGCUGGCGUGAACCUUCACACUCAUACACCCGCCACGUCAGUAAGCCCUGACGGUGAGGGCGGCUUCAUCAUCGACACGCCACGGGGGAAAAUGCAUGCGAACAAAGUCGUCUAUGCCAACAAUGCUUACGUCUCCGGUAUUCUGCCACAAUACAAGAAGAAUAUUGUUCCGUGUAAAGGCAUAUGCUGCCGAAUCACGGUCCCGGAGGGGGUGACAGCACCUCUUCUCAACAACUCUUACAUCAACCGAACAGAAGACAACGUUCUCUCAUAUCUCAUUCCUCGAGCGGACGGCAGCAUCAUCGUUGGUGGUGCUGCUGCCAUCUUCAAGAAGCAUGAAGAUCAGUGGUACGACAAUGUGGAUGACAGUGUUCUCAUUGAUUCCGCAAAGGAUUAUUAUAACAACUACAUGCAAAGAACCUAUCGCGGGUGGGAAAAUACUGCAGCAAAGAUCGACCAAAUCUGGACAGGCGUGAUGGGAUACUCAUAUGACUCGAACCCUCACAUCGGCGCGGUGCCUGGCGAAAAGGACCAGUACAUUCUCGCCGGCUUUAACGGCCAUGGCAUGCCAGUUAUCUGGCUGUCAGCAAAGGAGCUGGCGCAGAUGAUUGUGAAUGACAUUCCAUUUGAGAAGACAACGAUGCCUCGGCUGUUCCAAACCUCUCAGUUCCGGAUUGAUCGAGCUUUGAAUGGAAAACCUGAAGAUGGGGACAUCCUUGGUUCUGGGAAAUUUGCUGCAACCAAACCAUGA